CUCAUGAAAUUAAGGUAAAAGCCACACAGCAGCCUUUACAGGCCAAUCUGUUGGACACGUGCAUUUCAUGUGAGAAAUGAAGGGAGGCUUGGGCGGGGUGGAGGAAGUAGCCUCUUGCUGUCUUGUGACUAUCACUUACGCAUCAUAGAAACCACGGUGCAGACACGAGCCGAGACAGAGACAGGGUACAAGAAAGUGACACCAUUGUCUUCAUAGAAUUGCACCAUGCCAAGCUACAAACUGAUUUAUUUUAAUAUGAGGGGGAGAGCAGAAAUUAUUCGUUAUAUAUUUGCUUAUUUGGACAUAAAGUAUGAAGAUCACAGAAUAGAACAAGCUGACUGGCCCAAAAUCAAACCGACUCUUCCAUUUGGCAAAAUCCCUGUUUUGGAAGUGGGAGGACUUACCCUUCACCAGAGUCUCGCAAUAGCAAGAUAUUUGACUAAAAACACAGAUUUGGCUGGCAAGACAGAGUUGGAGCAAUGUCAAGCUGAUGCGGUUGUGGACACACUGGACGACUUCAUGUCUCUUUUUCCAUGGGCAGAGAAAAAUCAAGAUGCAAAAGAGCAGACGUUCAAGGAGUUGCUCACAUGUCAUGCACCUCUUCUUCUGAAAGAUUUGGACACAUACUUAGGGGACAAGGAGUGGUUUAUUGGUAAUUAUGUCACCUGGGCAGACUUCUACUGGGAUAUCUGCAGCACCACACUUUUGGUUUUAAAGCCUGACUUGUUGGACAUCCACCCCAGGCUGGUGUCAUUGCGGAAGAAAGUCCAAGCUCUUCCUGCCAUUGCUGCCUGGGUACAGAAGAGGCCACAGACCAAACUCUGAUGCGGGCACAGCACCAGAUGAGAGCGACAUCAGCCUGCCAGAUGAUCCGCACACUUCUUACUACCACUAAACUCUGUUGUAUUCUGCUUGCUAUGAUUCUUUUUGUCGUUUCUGUAGGCAUUUAGUUUACAGCAUUUUCUUUUUUCGGGACUUUACAGUUUUUAUAAUUGAAACAGUUCAUAAUACAUAUUGCUUUGCGUUGACUAUCAA